AUAAUUUGCUACUCUUGCGUCAGUGUGAAUUAAUCUGUCGAGUAGAAUCUUCUCUGUGAGAUUGUUCCUUUAGGAGAAUAAAUUUUUUCCAGGAUUAAGCCCACUCUUUUCCUCAGGUACAAAUUGGGGACAAAUCGUCACUGGUGGAGGUACUUUUUAUAGUAAUAGUUAAGGAGACGUUUUGUAAACUAGGGGAAAUUAGUCGAAAACUCGUAUAUGUACCAAAUACACUCUGAAUAGGAACCAUCAUGUCGUUCACGUCGCGGCCUCGCUUGUUCAACGGUGUCCCUUACCCGAGAGAGUUUUCUACCCAAAUCCCACUCAGCCCAAAUGUAGGAUUUCCCGUUUGGAAACCGAGCAUAAAACCGAAAUUAAAGCCUAAUUAUCAAACCGGUCGGACCUGUUAUGCGCAUGCGGUUGCUUUCGCGCUGCACAACGCGAUGAAACGAGUUGUCGGAAGGAGCGGCGGGUAUCCUAAAUUUGAAGACAUUUUGAAGCAAAUAAUCGAUGACUUUGGCACGGAAGGAGCACAUAUUGAUCCAGUCCUAAAAAAAUAUACUGCCAUCUACCGGCUACGAUACAAACUCUUAGCAGGCGAGGAACAAGCCCGCGCUGCAAUAGCGCAUGGAAGAGAGAUCGUCGCAAGUUUUAGUUUCUCGACAAAAGACGAAAACCAAGCUAACUCACGCGGUCAGUGGGACGACUUUGACGAUUUCUUCAAGCGUAAUCCCCGCGGAGUUUUGAAAUCUAGGGAUCUUGGCGAUCACAAGACGGACAAGAAGAGCGCGCAUGCCGUCUUCCUCUUCGACUGUGAGCCGAGCGGACUCGUGUUCAUGAACUCGUGGGGGGAAGAUUGGGCAGAUGGGGGAUAUUUCCGCGUGGCGAAUGCGGACGUACUCGGGGUAAAGUUUUUUGACGUUUUCGCGGUACAGGAAGAUUUGAAAUUGGAAGAAAUUAAGGCUAUUAUUGACCAAAGGAGGGAGAUGGGUAGGCAAAUUUGCAAGCGCUGGGCUCCAUUCACGUCCAAAUUACUGUGGGAACCAGGCCCUAAAUCCAGGUCGAACCGGGGUAUGCCGAGUUCACAUUAGUCUUGUGGCAUCUAACUCACUCCGGGAAUUUACGGUGGAUUCAUCAUAAUCGAAAUUUUACCUGUUCACAUUCAUUAACUUUAUAGUGAAUUAACAAAUUUAUCGGUCUUUAUUCAAUCAGUUAAUGAAUAUAUAAGUAGUGAAUUUCUUGUCAAAUUUUUGAAUAAAUUCGUAUUGAUUAA